GAGGCCCCGCGCGGUUUCCAUGGCGACGCCCGCGCUUCCUUAGGGCCCGGGUUGAGGCAGCUGCGGGAGCAGCGCGGAGCAGAAUUGAGAACUGAAUGAAAAAGCGAUGCUUUUAGAGAUGCCUGCGAUGGAUUGGUUUGUUUCAUCCUACUGAUGAGGUUGUGGACUAUGUCUUUGGCUGACACAACAAAUGCACACACAAAUGAGCACUUCCCCAGCCUGGCACUAGGAGGCAGCAGGAGGUCUGCAGAAGGCAGGAGUAGCCCAGACGCUGGCGACCUGUCCCGCAACAGCGGGCCUUCUAAUGGCAGCGUAGAUUACAGCAGGUCGCAGUGCUCCUACAGAAGCCUGGCAUCCCACUAUGACUACUCAGAAGGCUUUCUUUCCGAGUGCUCGGAAGCAACCGCCAGCAGACAUCAGUUACAGCAGCCACUGGGGAGAGAAAAAGAGAAAAGAAAGUAUAGCAUUUCUAAAAUGCCCCAGCUUAAAGGCCAGAAGGACGUCCCAGCGGAGAAAAAGCACAUCUGGAACGCUUCGUUUUUCAACUCUCAGGUCCAAACGAUUGCCAAAAGAAGAGGCGCCAUGACACACCGAAUACUGUCAGCCAGGCUUCAUAAGAUCAAGGAGCUGAAGAACGAGCUAGCCGACAUACAUCGGAAGCUGGAAGCCACCGUCAUAGAAAACCAGUUCCUGAAACAGCUUCAGCUCAGGCACUUGAAGGCCAUCGGGAAAUACGUGAACUCACAGAACAAUCUACCUCAGAUCACAGUGAAGCACCAGAAUGAGGUGAAGAGCCUGCGGCAGCUGCUUCGAAAGUCCCAGGAGAAGGAGCGAACCGUGUCAAGGAAACUCCGAGAAACUGACAGUGAGCUGCUGAGGACCAAAGAUGCCUUGCAGGCCCUGCAGAGACUCUCGGAAGACAAGAACCUCGCAGAAAGAGAGGAGCUCACUAACAGGCUGACUGUUCUUACAGCCAAAAUGGAGGCAAAUGACAAAAAAAUACAGAACUUGGAAAAACAGCUGAGGCUGAACAAUCGAUCCUUUGGUCGGCAGCUGGCCAAAGAAAAUCGGAAGACGCUAGCAGCUCAAACGGCCACAAAGACUCUGCAGGGGGAAGUGAGACAGCUACAGCAGAAGCUUAAGGAGAAGGAUCGUGAGCUGGAAAUUAAGAACAUCUACACUAAUCGAAUACUUAAAAAUUUACAUGAAAAGGAAGAUUACCCAAAAGUUUCUUCAACAAAAUCAGUACAAGCAGACAGAAAAAGUUUGCCAUUUGUAAAUGUCAGACACCAAGAAACUCAAAAGUCAGAUGUCCCGCCAUGGACAACGAAGGGUAAAAAGACAAUUGGAAGCAUUGGUCAUAAAGAAAAAUCAACUGAAAUAAACCAUGAAAUUUCUCACUAUGUAUGUAAACUACCAAAGCAAGAGGAGUCUAACAGAAAACAUGAAGAUUCGUCAAUGGAGGUUGAACACCCAAAACCACAAGCCUCUGUGGAAACUAUUAGGAGGCAAGAAGAGAAAAGGGAAGAUCAAGAGCAGAAAGCCAUCCCACCUCAAGCAGAGCCGAUUCCCAGGGGAAGCGAGGCCGCCACGGGCACAGAGGACGAGGUCCCAGCCAGGGCAGCGGCUCAGGUGGGGGAGAUGUUCGAGGCCAAAGAGGCCGAUGAUGCGGAGCCCGGGCCCGGCCCGAUCAAGACCCCUCGGCCGCGGAAGCACUACUCCUUCACCGAGGCCACUGAGAACCUGCACCACGGGCUGCCCACGUCCUGCGUGCAGGCCUCGGGCAGCCCACGCUGCCGCCACGGCGUCGGCAAGCACCGCAGCGACCAGGAGCUGCAGCUGGAGCCUGCGGGCUAUGAGCCUUCGUUCGGCAAGGCGGCCAGGGCCAAGGCCAAGGAGACGGCGUUCCGGGACAAGAAGAGCAGCCUCAUGGAGGAGCUGUUCGGCGCAGGCUUCGCGGGCAGGGGUGGCCCCACCAAUGGCGAAGGGGCCAGCAAGGCCCAGCAGCUCAGGCCGGGCCAGGCCUCUGCAAGCAACGCCUUCGGGGACUCCAGAGCCACUGUGGUGCGGUCCAUCCAGGCCUCACCCGCCGAAGGAAACAGGAAAACAGUUAUUUAAAUGCAACGGUAGCCUCAAACACUCUGGUUUAUGUACUAGUUAAGUGCCUUUAAUCUUACUUACCAUGUGAGGGCUUACAUAGUGUCUGUUUUAGUACUUGGGUAAUUUGGGUAAUUUGCUUUAUUGCUAUCUAAUAAAAUAAUCCACUGUACCUUGAUCAAUGGUAACAUUUUAAAUACAAACUUACAUCUUUAUUAUAAAGGUAGAACAUG